UUUCAGAUUGGCAAACUGAACUAAUUGAAUUCGAUACUGAGCUUCACUGCAGGCAGAUGAUCGCAUUUGACAUUACUGAUUAAACUUUCUCGAUAAAGACACGGAAAGAUUCAUAUUACAUGGAGCAAAACAAUUUCGGAAGAAGUACACAUUGCUAGAGGAACUUGGUCGGGGUGGAUUCGGGAUUGUUUACAAAGCGGAACGUAAUGAAGAUUGUGCACCAGUUGCUGUUAAAUUCAUUGAACAUAAGCGAGUCAGAGAAUGGACUAUGAAAUGUAAACAAUUAAUUCCAACAGAGAUUUGUUUGCUAGAGAUGUGUCGCAGUGUACCGGGCGUCGUUCAAUUAAUUGAUUGGUUUGCCAACUCGAAAGGAUUUCUGAUUGUAAUGGAACGACCGGAACAGUGCUUGGAUCUGUUCGAUCUAAUUUCCGUUUAUGGUUAUUUGGAUGAGGAUGUUGCAAGGUCGAUAUUUGUACAGAUUUUGAAUACAACUUGCUUGUUAUAUAGCACAUACGGCAUUUUUCACCGAGAUAUUAAGGAUGAGAAUAUAAUUAUUAAUAUACAUACAGGAGAAGCUAUCCUGGUGGAUUUCGGUGCUGCAGCACUCAUUUCUGAAGCUUGUAUCAAAGAAUUCCAAGGUACCCGUUCAUAUUGCCCACCGGAAUGGUUCAAACGUUUAACAUAUAAGCCAUUAGAAGCAACUGUAUGGUCACUGGGUAUAGUCCUAUACGUCAUGGUUUCUGGAUGUCUGCCUUUUCAGAAUGAAAUCCAAAUUUGCUUAGGCAGAUUUACCAUUCCAAAACACAUCUCAAAAGACUGUGAAAAUUUGUUGCGUCAAUGUCUUGCAGUCACACCAUCCAGACGACCGGACUUACUGGAAAUUUUCAAGCACCGAUGGUUGAAUCAACCUACCACUGUGUAUUCGGAACCGUUUAAGGUCGUGCUUCAGCGACAUUUUCAGAGGAAGAAAGAAGCACAAAAUCAAAACAAGCAGAAACAGAAUAGGAUUCAAGCGAAUGGCAGCAAGAACUUCAUCAACGACAAAAGUGCUAAGAAUGAGUUCAUCACAAAGACGAACCUUGCCACAAGUGGCGACAUUUCGGUUGACGAUAAUCCUCCUGUCAUACCACUGCCAUCUUAUGCCAAUAACGUUUCCAAUUCUGAAUUGUUGAAAAAACACCGCCAUUAUUCAAGUUAUGAUAACGUUGUGAUGAGCAUACAAUCAGAUAUGUUUGCUUUACGAGAUUGUUAUGAAACUGAUAAUAAUGUGUUGGUACGUCCAAUUUCUAUCGCGGAAGAAUCAGAGUACAGUGAUUCUCCAUUUUGUUCGGCUUAUGAGUCGUUCUCCAUAAUCAGCACCGAUCCCCAAAACUCCGAAUCAUAUGUCACUGCUUUGGAGGAUGACAGAGAAUAUUCGUUCCAAAGAUCGAAAGAAUUUAUUGCAAUUAAACAUUCCAACAAUAACUUGCGUGCUCAAACGUUAUCAUUCUGUGAUAGGGGUACUGCUAACAAUCACGAAAAGGAACAACUGGUGCAAGCAAACUGCCCAGACAGGCCUAUAGAAAAUAUCUGUCUACCGAAAGUGAUGAUGAACUCUAGGCUGGUAGCAGAGCAUUGGUUUCCUAAUGUAGCAGCAAGUUUUAAAUAUGGAUCUCCAAAGUUGCAAAGGUUUUCAAUUUGUCAACAAAAAGAGCAGUUGCAAAAGCAAACAAGUGUUAGCAGUAACCUGUUAAGGAUAUUUAAUGCUGAAUCACGACGAUCUUCAAUUCCUACUAUUACGACAAUUGUUUCUAAAUAA